CCUGAUUGUGAUCGAGUGGCCGAAAGAGGAAGAAUGGGCUGACCCGUCAUGAUGUCGUCAAGGUGGGAUGGCUGGCACACAAACUCAUGCAGGACUUUAGGACUCUACAAGCCACCUUGAAGGAAAUGGUAGUUACUUUAAUCUUCGAGCAGGCUCUAGACGUAACCAAUGAAGUGUCACCACGUUGAAAUGCAAGUCUAGGCGAAGGCGGGCAAUAUACAAAAGUCCAAUACCCACUGUUGUUCCGUCAAGUCAUUUCUCAAGUCAUUUCUCCCUUUUUCGCAAUUCCACUAGCGUCUCUCCAAAAUGUCUGACGGCCAGCAGAAGAAUGGAUCGCCCGAGUACACCCCAGGCGGCAAGCGACCAUUCGUCUCGACGUAUGACAAUGUUCCAACCCAUUCAAACAAUGGCCGAAAAGGAGUCUGUUUCAUCAAAGCAUUAUGCCAUUCUUAUUGGGAUCGACGCCUAUCCUGACAAGUAUAAGUCAUCGUUAAAAGGCUGUGUACGAGACACACAACAAAUCAGAUCAUUACUCGAACAGCAACCAUUUCACAUCAAUAUCCAGACCUUCACAGCCACGCAAGAUUUUGAGGGCAGCACCACGGGGCCAGUUGAAGACCCUACUUUGCUACCAACAUACGAUAACGUAACUAAAGCUUUCAGAGAUCUAACCUCUGUGGCACUAUCUGGGGAUUAUGUCUACAUCCACUACUCGGGACAUGGUACCCGCAUUGCUCCUACCGCCAAGCCAUUCUCCAACCAGCAUACAGGAGAUUUGGCUUUAGCCCUUCUUGGUGGUGAAUAUGGAGACGAAGUAAAGCCCCUUGGAGGGCACAGAUUAGCACUUGCGCUGAAUGCAAUGGUGCUAAAAGGCCUAGUUGUCACUCUGGUCCUUGACUGUUGUUUUGCAGCAAGCAUCUAUCGUCUGGAUCGUUCCGAUAUUCGGUUCCUUCAAAUCGAUCCAGAGCUUGCAUCUGCAUACUUCGCCGAUAAUACUUUGUCAGAGGAAGAUGGAGAAAAGCCCGACUCGGACUAUCGUGACGUGUCUAUGCUGCCAAGCUGGUUGAUUAACCCAAACGGGUAUGCACUUCUUGCAGCUUGCGGCCCUCAUGAAGAGGCAGGCGAAAUAGUUCACCGGGGAGAAUCUCAUGGCGCCUUGUCCCAUUUCCUGAACCUCAGUAUAAGAGAUGGUGGGUUGAAUCGCAAACACAAAAACAUCUUCUACCGUCUCAGCUCCAAAUUUCGAGGUCACUCGGUUCAGCAAAAUCCUGCAUUAUAUGGAAACAAAGACCAAGGAUUCUUUGGUGAGAACACCUUUACAAACUCACGACCGAUGGUACUUGUUGUGAAAAACGGUCAACAGUUUACACUGCACGCGGGCCAGGCUCAUGGCAUCUCUGAUGGCGAUGAGUUCAUCCUGUAUCCUUCCAGCGUCCUUGAGCACAAUGAAUCCUUCCACACGAAUCUGAUCAAAUCAACGGUUGCAGGAGCUGGCCCCUUGACCAGCCUGUUACACCUGGACGAUGCGAUAGCUGCUACAACUGACAGUGACUGGGUUGCUGAACCACAAACGAGGCUGGCUUUUCGCCAGUUCCCGGUGUCUUUUAGCUACAGCAUAUCUACCCAAGAUAUCUGGCUACAAGCCUUGACAAGAUACGAGAUGACACAUGCUGAAGAGAACGGCUUGAAAUCCUGGUUUCAGGUCGAGGCUAUCGACGACGAGUAUAAGAUACUGACUCGAAAUGGUGAAGAAGUGACAAACCUCCCUGCAUUGCCGCAAAGCACAACAACCGCAGAGGAUGUUGCUGCAGUCUUAGAGCACUUAGCUCGAUACGAACUUGUCAGGAAUCUCUCGAAUCCAUUUGUGGAAGAAGACUUUCGAACAUCGUUCGACAUCAGCAUUACACGAGCUGGGAAUCACUUCGGCCCAGACUCUGUCGUUAACGUUGAACAGGAUGCAGGCAAGGCAUCUAUGUUCGAGUUGAAGCUUCAGAAUCACGGUACCAAGGUUCUGUAUUUACAUAUCCUUGACCUUGGUCCUCUCUGGCAGAUUGAGGAUAUCUAUUGCGGCAGCUACGCAGUGGUUCCUCCAUACAACCAGAAUGAGAGGUUCAUGACAGGUCAUUUCAUCAAGAAAUUCAGAACCAUGGUACCCGAUGAGUUGAGAAAGCAGGGCAUUGAAGAGUGUAGUGAUACUCUCAAAGUCUUGGUUACGUCUCAGCCGACAUCUUUUGAUCUGCUGGAACUCCCCAAGAUUGGACAUGUUCUCAAGAAGAGAUUACCACUCGAUAAUGAAAGAUCUGGAGGUAGCUCUGCCGAGCAAUGGAUAGCCUUUAACUUUCCACUCAGAACUUCACUGGCAGCAGAGCUACGACCCACGAAGACCGGCUAAGUAGGCAGUUAGGUUAUUUGGAACUUUUAGAGCAUUGACCUCAUGUCAUAUUAUACGUCUCUGGUCAGAGACAAUUUCCUCUAUAUAGUAUCUAUUCUCUCCGGUAUCUAGUUGCAUUCCCAAUUCUGAAGCCUAUCCAACAACCAACCACUUGUAAUUAGUAGUCUCG